CUUAUUUCCUAUAUCCAAUCCAAUUUCGAAUAUCUCGGAGUAGUAGAUAGAAACAUUUAUAUACACCAAACCAAAACGGCGUCGUAUUGCCUACGUGGACUCCGCCGGUAACCAUAACCGGCUAUAUCAAGUAAAAACAUUUCUACCUCCGUCUUCGCCUAUAAAUAUAACCUUCCCACCUCAUUCUCAUUUUUUCCCUUCCCCUACUAAUUUCUCUCCCAUUUUCUCUCCUUUUUCCGGCGAUUUCGCCGGCCAACCACCGUCGUUUCAGCCGGAGAGAUCUCACUUCGCCGAACCGUUCCAUUCCUCCUUCAGAUAAUAUCUCUUUCUGAUAAAGUAAAUUGGAGAGAAUGGAUGGGCAUAUGGGAAUUAGGAAAGUCGGCUCUCAGUGUUCGAUGGCUGAGAUGGAUGAUUUCGAUCUCACUCGUUUGCUUGACAGGCCGAGGCUAAACAUAGAGAGACAGAGAUCAUUUGAUGAGAGGUCGCUUAGUGAAUUGUCUGUUGGUUUUGCAAGGGCUGGGUUAGAUAACUAUGACAAUUACUCGCCUGGAGGAAGAUCUGGUUUUAACACCCCUGCUUCAUCUGCUCGCAACUCGUUUGAGCCGCAUCCAAUGGUUGCUGAUGCCUGGGAAUCUCUCAGGAAAUCUCUAGUCCAUUUCAGAGGUGCACCUGUUGGCACAAUUGCAGCUGUUGAUCAUCAAGCAGAGGAAGUUCUAAAUUACGAUCAGGUUUUUGUUCGAGAUUUUGUCCCAAGUGCUCUAGCCUUUUUGAUGAAUGGUGAACCGGAAAUAGUAAAAAACUUCUUGUUAAAGACACUACAUCUUCAGGGGUGGGAGAAAAGAGUAGAUAGGUUUAAACUUGGGGAAGGUGUGAUGCCAGCUAGUUUCAAAGUCCUGCAUGAUGCCGUUAGGAAAACAGAUACUCUUAUUGCAGAUUUUGGCGAAAGUGCAAUCGGAAGAGUUGCUCCUGUUGACUCUGGAUUCUGGUGGAUCAUUUUGCUUCGUGCUUACACAAAAUCUACAGGGGACUUAACUCUGUCUGAAUCUGAUAGUUGUCAAAAAGGAAUGAAGCUUAUAUUGACUUUAUGCUUGUCAGAGGGGUUUGACACAUUUCCAACUCUGCUUUGUGCUGAUGGAUGCUGCAUGAUUGAUAGAAGAAUGGGUGUUUAUGGAUAUCCUAUUGAGAUUCAAGCACUUUUCUUCAUGGCAUUGAGAAGUGCUUUGUCCAUGCUCAAGCAAGAUACUGCUGACGGAAAGGAGUGUGUAGAGCGUGUUGUGAAGCGUUUGCAUGCACUAAGUUUUCACAUGAGAAGCUACUUUUGGCUUGACUUCCAGCAACUAAAUGACAUUUAUCGGUACAAGACUGAGGAGUACUCACAUACUGCAGUAAAUAAGUUUAAUGUUAUUCCGGAUUCAAUUCCAGAAUGGGUGUUUGACUUUAUGCCAACACGUGGUGGCUACUUCAUUGGAAAUGUCAGUCCGGCUCGAAUGGAUUUUCGAUGGUUUGCUUUAGGAAACUGUGUUGCAAUUCUUUCUUCUUUAGCAACUCCAGAGCAGUCAAUGGCAAUCAUGGAUCUUAUUGAAGCUCGUUGGGAUGAGUUGGUUGGAGAAAUGCCGCUAAAAAUUAGUUACCCUGCAAUAGAAAGUCACGAGUGGCGAAUUGUUACUGGCUGUGAUCCCAAAAAUACCAGAUGGAGUUACCAUAAUGGAGGAUCUUGGCCAGUACUCCUGUGGCUUGUAACAGCUGCUUGCAUCAAGACAGGGCGACCACAAAUAGCAAGACGUGCAAUUGAACUUGCCGAGAGUCGUUUACUGAAGGAUGGAUGGCCUGAAUAUUAUGAUGGUAAACUUGGAAGAUAUGUUGGGAAACAGGCAAGAAAAUACCAAACAUGGUCUAUUGCGGGUUAUUUGGUGGCAAAGAUGAUGCUGGAGGACCCCUCACACUUGGGGAUGAUUUCCCUUGAAGAAGACAAGCAGAUGAAACCAGUGAUUAAAAGAUCAUCUUCUUGGACUUGCUGAAAUAUUGGUGAUAGAUAAAUAGUACAAAAAAGAAAGAGAAUAGAGAAAACUUAGAAGGUGAGAUAUUGUUGUUUCUCUCAAUACACGGCACUAUUCUUUGUGAUUUCCUUCUUCGUAGGCCUGAUUUGAUUGGAAGUUUGGCUUGUGUAAAAUAGCUGCUGCUGGCAUCAUGCUUUUUCCUAAUAAUCAAAGACAUUUCAAUUCAGUUCUUGUUUCAUUAAUUGCAUGUUACUCUCCCAUUUGUUUCUUGGGAUUAUAAGAAAAAUAAUGAUUCUUCAUUAAA